GCGCGCGUGCGUAGUAAUGGGAAUGACGCCUAAAGUGUGUAUGUUCGUUGCCGUAACAACGCUCGGUGGAGUUGUUCUGCAAUGGCCUCCAACUUUAAGAAGGCAAGCAUGGCAUCAACUUCCCAGCGAAAGAGGAUGUCUUCCAAGCCCGAAAUCAGUGAUGACCAGAAACAGGAGAUCCGCGAAGCUUUUGAUCUCUUUGAUGCAGACGGAACUGGUACCAUCGAUGUCAAAGAGCUAAAGGUUGCUAUGCGGGCGCUGGGCUUUGAGCCCAAGAAGGAAGAGAUCAAGAAAAUGAUCAAUGAAAUUGACAAAGAAGGCACAGGGAAAAUGAACUUCAGUGACUUUCUGGCUGUGAUGACUCAGAAAAUGUCUGAGAAAGAUACCAAAGAAGAAAUCUUGAAAGCCUUCAAGCUCUUCGAUGACGAUGAAACUGGCAAGAUCUCUUUCAAAAAUCUGAAGCGCGUGGCCAAGGAGUUGGGCGAGAAUCUUACUGAUGAAGAGCUUCAGGAAAUGAUCGAUGAGGCUGAUCGGGACGGUGAUGGGGAGGUUAGCGAGCAGGAGUUCCUGCGCAUCAUGAAGAAGACCAGCCUUUACUAAUGCAGCACCCAUCUCUCCUUGGUGCAAGCCAGGGUGGGAAAGUUCUCUGAAGACCCUAACCAUUUUCACCCCCACCCCCCUUAUCGCUUUAGCACCAGCCUCGAAUCCCCUCGUAUCCUCUUGCCAUUGCUCUUUGACAUUUCAAACCAUCAUGCUCGGCUGGGCUGCUGGUUUGCAUUCCCCGAAACUGAACUAGAGCAUGCUUGCUAGCCGAAGAGAGGCCCCGAAGGCUGUCACCCACCUCCCCUCUUGGCCUUGCCUUGCACGGCCCUCCAAACCCAUGUUCCUGAUUGCCACCAGCAGUAUACCCUUCUGUGGAGGCUCUGGCUUUCCAUUGACAGCUGGACUGACUGGCAUUUUCUCUUUUGUCAAACCUGCUGCCCUCCCUCCCCGGUGCUCUGGGGCGGAGGGGCGGGGGUGUCCAGUGCUCUUGGGUUUGUCUUUGAAAAUAAAACCUUUCUGAUUUUGA